GCCGCCAUCGACGACCUCUCAGUACCUUCUCCGACCGCCAAAAUGCCGUCCCUUCCCUCGUCUUCUUUUCCCUCCUUCCAAACCCGGUUCCCAAUGCUCACGGCGUUUGGAACAUACUUCAACGCCGCUCUGUGUGCCUGCUCCAACUUCAUCUCCUCAUUCUGACUUAACUCCAAGCGCUUACAACAGUCACAAUUUCUAUCGCAACAAUCGAGAGUAGAUCUGUCGUGACUUUGCGCCCUCGCUCCUAGAGAUACAUUGCAUUCCCCGAGACCCAUUUCCCGAUCUUUGCAAUUCCCACCGGCAACGACGACGACGACGACGCCUACGACAAUGUCUUCCGCCACAGGACUUCCAGAGCCACCUCCGCGAGGCGAUGGCGAUAAUGAGUUCGAGCCUCUUCUUGGUCGACCUGGCGACGCUCAGCAAGAACCGGGCGAAUUCAUUGCCCGGAACCUCAUCAUCGGCACCGGCAUCAUCGCCCAAUUCGGCGCCGUCAUAUUCGUUGCCAUGAUCUGGGCCGCCGUGCUGACCAAGGACGUAAUCCUCUUUUCCGGCCACCCGCUUGCGCAGAGUCUCGCCAUCUUCACCCUCACCCAGUCAAUCCUCUCGCUGCAGCCGACACACACUCCCGAGCAGAAGCGCGUCGGCCAGCGCGUCCACGCCGGUCUCAACCUGCUCGCCUUCCUGUUCCUCGUCGCCGGCGUUGGCAUCAUCGAGUACAACAAGUUCCUACAAGGCCCCGACUCCCACUUCCACUCUGUUCACGGCUACCUCGGCGUGACGGUCUCCAUCAUCCUGUUGCUGCAGUACAUUGUCGGCUUCACAAUGUGGGCUACCCCGAAGUUAUACGGAGGCGAGGACACCGCCAAGUCCAUUUGGAAGUACCACCGUUGGAGCGGCUACGUCGUUCUUGUGCUUCUGCUCGUGACGGCAGCGACAGCCAUUGACACUGGUUUCAACUAUAACGUACUGAAGCUGAAGCUCUGGGCUGUCGUCGUUACGUCUCUCUUGAUUCUCGUGGGUAUCAUCCCGCGCGUACAAAAGCAGAAGCUUGGUUUCUCGUCCUAGAUCUGGCGGAUAAUGGCUUCAUUGGUGACAGCUAGAUAUGGAUGCUGGUCUUCGCACGUCUCGUUCCCGAUGUAGACUUGUUGAAGAGGGAAGAAAAGGGGUGCUGGCAAGGACGAACAGGAGAGCAGGGGGUUGGAAUUUGGCCAAUUUCAAGAUCACAUAAGCGUUUGCUUCGUAGGUGCGGGUUUUUUGAGAAUUCACAUGAUGGGAUCACACACAUGGGGCUGUCGCUGUCAGGCGUCGAUACUACUAAGUAUGAUUUAUGGUAACCAUUGGAUUUGUGUCUUAGCGUUUGCAAGUUGCGGAAUGAUUAUCUGAUUGUUCAUUUACCCUGCCGUCGAUCAAUACUGCGCUUCCAGGUGCCAAAGAGAGAGCAUCCCUACUUGUCGAGGUCGUGUUCGUUCGCUUGACCAGGAAGCUCAGGUUAGCCACCUACAAAGCUAGACGUCGUGAUUCGGCCCGUUGAGGUGCAGGACGUGAAGUAGCGCAUACUGCGU